UGACUUCCUACAGUUGGAUUGAUUUGGGUAUACAACAUUUAUCAGAGUCGGUGUUUGUGAGACUGUGUCAAAUAGUGGGGACCUCACAACAGGUGACCAUGAGAAGAGAACUACUAGACAUGGAUGAGAGGAUGAAAAAUCAAGUCAUGUUUACAAGUGAAGAAAUGGUAGUGAUGACUAGUGGAAGUUUUAGAGAAGGAUUCAGGCUAAAGGGAUCUGAUAUAGACAUGAUGUUCUGGCCAAAUGACCAUAAUAUAAUUUGGGACUUAGACCAGGCUCACAAUUAUGACUUAAAUAGAAAAACACUGAUUCUCUGUGAUUGUUCUGAUAGUCCACCUGGAUUUGCUUUACUUGAAUUAUUGACACAGAGUCACUGGGAAUUUAUAAAGAAUGCAUGUAUAAGAAUCAAUGGCAGACUCUAUAUAUCAAGUUCUGAAUUCAGACAUAUCACACAUUCUGCUAUUGUGCCUGAUUCUAGGGAACAUGGUCCAUGUGGUAAUGGUGCUAUUGGGGUGGCAGAAUAUGACACAGCCCUAUGUUUUUUCUGUGACUUUUGGCCCCCUCAUGCCUCCAAAUGGAUAAACAGAUGUCACUCAUGGCCCCUGCCUCCUAUCAUUGAUAAAAUAGUCAGAAAUGGAUGCCACUUUGUAGCAGUAGGACACAAACUAGGAAAUCACGCUGAAAAAGAAUGGAGAAUUUCCUUCUCUGUGGCAGAGCACUAUCUAGUUUCCUCAAUGAGUCAUUGCCAGUUCUUAACAUACGGUCUGCUUAAGUUAUUCUUAAAAGAAUGCAUUAACAGUGGAUUAAGUGAUGAGAAUAAAUUACUGUGUUCUUAUCACAUGAAGACAGCUGUUUUUUGGGUAAUUCAACAAAACAUAAUGCCUUAUUGGUGUCCCCAAAAUCUCCUGCAGUGUUUCUGGAUCUGUUUUAAACUUAUCCUGAAAUGGGUGUAUGAAGGCACCUGUCCCAAUUUUUUUAUUCCAGAAAACAACAUGUUUCUAAGUAAUAUUCAUGGUGAAGCACAAAAAAAAUUGUUCAUAAGACUUCAUGAGUUGUAUGAGAAGGGUUUAGCAUCACUGCUUUACAGUCCAUCCAUCAGGUCCUGUGUUAUAAGUGUCCUCCAAAAUCCCAGGCAAUCUAUUUGUACAGAUGAACACACUCUGAUUUCCAAGGUGAUGUUUGAAGUAGAUCUAUUCAGUGAGAUAUAUCGCAAUAAUCUAACCAUGCAUGACCUACACCCCUGUAUGAAGUUCCUCAACUCUGUAGGAAAGUUGAUCAUUUUACCCCUGACUCAAUAUCAGAAUCUCAUAUUACAGAAGCGUACAGCUUCUAUACUCCAGAGCACAGCUUUUAUUUCACUCAACCUUUUAACUGAUUCUGUACCACUCAUGGUGCAUACUAGCAUGAACAAAGUGAUAUAUUUAACAGACAAAAGGUCCCUUUACAUGCUGAAAUUAGCUGCCAAGUUUGGGUUCAUUUCCGACAUGUUGUACAUUGCUAUGUACUAUUACAAGACGUUCAGAUACCAGAGAGCUUCAAUUGUGAUAGAGAUGAUAAAAGCCAAGUUAGCACAGCCAUAUGUAGUGUAUGGGGUACAUGUAAAUGCAGAGAAAUAUAGCGAGGCUAUAGGAAGACAUUCCUGGUCUACAAAGAUGAGAAAGGCUGUAACAUGGGAUGUUUCUCUGAACAAUGAAAUCUGUUACAUUAAUGAAUUAGUGCCAGAACAACAGUCUGGAUUACAGUGUAGAUAUCCUGGAUUAUGUAUCCCCCUCUUUGUUCUUUUACACAUGUUGGAGAUCUUGUGUUACAGACAUGUAGACCCAGUGAGGACACAAAGAGCUCUAUAUGAUUUACAGGUUCUUGUACACCAUCAUCUGGAGACGCACAUACUCGGAGAUGAAAAAGACAUAUCAUGGGAGAUCCUAGGGAUCUGUCAACAGGUUACAGGGAACAACCAAGCUGCUCUGCAUUCCUACCAACAAUCUCUGACACAAAUAGUAUCCCACAAAAUACAAAAUGCUACAUUAAUGAGAAUACAGCAAAUCAUGGGACUAAUCCAUAGAGUCUAAUAUUACAUUAAUGGUACAUGGAGUACCUGGUAAAUAAUUUCCUUUAAGAAUUGGAUUUUUGGCACAAAUUCAGCGAUUCAAAACCUUCUUUUUUUGACAAAAGUAUGAAGCACCAGUAAAGCAACUGUCCCAUUUCCCCCCAUGAAUUGAUAAUUGUGUUAAGUUGCUCAACUUAGGAAAAAGGUCCAUAUAAGUAUAAAAUUUUGCUUUCCGGUAUGACAUUGAAGUGUU